CCGUCUCCACACCCUCGUCUGCCUCCGUUUAACCAGACCCUGGCAAAGUUUUCCUCGACCACAAAUUCCAUUUUGAAGGAAAAGGAGACAAAAAGAUGAAGAGGGUUUUCGGUGCGAAGAAGGACAAGGAGCCCUGUUCUUCUUCUUCCCUUCAGGAUGUUGCCGAUAGGAUUAUUAAAAGAGGUGACAUAUUGGAUGAGAAGAUUAAGAAGCUAGAUGCUGAACUUAGUCGAUAUAAAGAACAGAUCAAGAAAACAAGACCUGGUCCUGCACAGGAAGUUGUUAAAGCUAGAGCAGCAAGAGCUCUUAAGCAAAAGCGAAUUUAUGAAGGGCAGCGUGACAUGCUGUAUAGUCGGACAUUCAAUCUUGAUCAAGUCACCUUUGCUGCUGAGGGAGUUAAAGAUGCUCAACAAACUCGCUUCAAGGGGCAUGGUUCGAGGUGGAGCUUUAUAAGUACCUUGUUUGGUGUUGGCUGCCUACCUCAGGAGAGGCAGGAGAUUUGAGGUUUGAAGCUUGCCAACAAGGAUUUGAAGGGAAUGAUGAAGACCCCGAAGAUACAAGACAUUGAUGUGUGCACUCUUUGACCUUUUCUUACAGUUCUUCCAUUGUGACCUUGAGAGUAAUUGCCUUGAUUGUUUUACCUGUGCUACUUGUAAAACAUACGGGAUGGGUUGAUGGCUAUGAUGAUGCAAGCAAUGAAAUUCAGCAAUUCUGGGGUAGAAGCUAUAACGUACUUGAUGACAUUGAUGAUUGGUGGACUUGACGCAAUGGAAGCAGUUGGGAAAUGAAACUGAAGCUGAUGGAGGUCCCUUUACCUCCAUGCUGAUGAAGGAUCUGAUUUGGAGGCAGAGCUUAACCUGCCCUUGGCUCCCAUGGGACAUGCAGCAGUGCAAUUAAUCUGAUCCGUUAAUGCUCAGGUCAUCUGCUGACCCAAACUACCCUGAGGUCUGACCACUUCGGAGUUUCAAGCCCAUCCUUCUGACACCCAUAAUAAUUACUCGAAGCACCAGUUUCUAGCCCUCAAAAGCGAAAGUUUUUUGCUUU